AUGGAACAUACAGGGAGAAAAAUGGCAGGAGAAAAUUUGACUGUUAUGAUGGAAUUCAUUCUCCUAGGAUUUUCCGACCUUCCCAACCUUCGAGGAUUUCUGUUUGGAAUUUUCUUAGUAACCUAUAUGAGUAUCCUAAUAGGAAAUAGUCUCAUCAUUAUAAUAACUAAGAUGGAUGCAGGUCUCCAAACUCCUAUGUAUUUUUUCCUAGGGAACUUUUCUUUCUUAGAAAUCUGCUACACAUCAGUCACUCUUCCCAGAAUGCUGAUAAACCUUUGGACCCAAAAAAGAAACAUUUCUUUCUUGGCCUGUAGCAUACAACUUUGCUUUCUUCUCAUUUUGGGGAAUAGUGAAUGUUUCCUCUUGGGAGUGAUGGCUUAUGACCGUUAUGUGGCAAUUUGUAAGCCUCUGAACUAUCCUCUUAUUAUGAACCAAAAAAUGUGUCUUCAGCUGUUGGUUGGCUCCUGGCUUACUGGGAUCCCAGUUCAGAUAGCAUUGACAUACCAGAUCUUUUCUUUGCCCUUCUGUGGGUCUAAUAAACUCAACCAUGUUUUCUGUGAUAUUCCACCAUUACUGAAGCUGGCAUGCGGGGACACCUCUAUGAAUGAGUUCUCUGUCUAUGCUGAUGCUGUGCUGUUUGCCAUGGUUCCCUUUCUUUUGAUUGUGGGGUCCUAUGUUAAAAUCAUCACCACCAUCCUGAAACUGCCAUCGGCCACAGGGAGGCAUAAAGCUUUUUCCACUUGUUCUUCCCAUCUCAUUGUUGUUGGUUUAUUUUAUGGGUCUGGUAUUAUUAUGUAUUUGAGACCCAAGUCCAGCUACUCAUCUGGCACAGACAAAGUGUUCUCUCUUUUCUAUACUAUUGUGACACCAGUUUUUAACCCUUUGAUAUACAGCCUAAGGAACAAAGAUGUCAUCGCUGCACUUAAGAAUUUAUUAACUAAAUAA